AUGUUCAAAGGGAUCCGUUGCGUGGAGGAGGAAACUUUCAUGAAGUUUGCGCCAGUGUCCGCGGCCCCAGGGUGCCCCCAGGAUGUCCAGUCAGCGGGGCCCAACUGCAGGAGCGAGUGCGGCUGGGGAGGCUCGGGCGGGUGCCAGGCAGGCGUGCAGGCAUGGCCGGCCGAGGCCCCCUCCCCGACGCUCCCAGAGGACAGCCUGCCGUGCGGCGUCAAGGCCAUGGUCAACCAGCGCAAGAGCAUGGAGGACUUUUGGUGCGUGGUGCAGGCGUUCAUGAAGCUGCCCCUGUCCGUGGCGGACACGGAAGAGAUCGUGCCGGGCUUCGUCCACUGCCAGCAGGCCUACGGCAAGACGCGCGGGCUGGUCGAUGCGCAAUGGGGCGCCGCCGCGCGCCACCUGCAGCCUUCCUUCCCGUCCGGCGUCAUCGUGCUGGACACCUUCCACCUGUUCUCGGUCUUUGACGGCCACGGCGGCUCGCACGUAUCCAUGCACUGCGCCAACCACCUGCACAGCCGCCUGCGCGACGCCCUGACGCACACUCUGCGGAGAUCCCACCCGGGAAUGUCGGCCCUGGCGGCUAAUGACCAAGGGGCGCAGGGAUGGAGCUCCCUGAGGCGACGGGGGCCGUGUCCGGAGGCGCACGAGCACGAAGGGCUGAGUGAGUCGGACAAUGAUCAUGAUCACCAAGAUGCCGGCGAUUGUGCGGCGGACGAAGAGAUGGGCGAGUCAGAGGAAUUUCUGGAGGGGACGUCCGGCGGGGGAAUGACGGCGGAGGGGAUGGCGGCGUCGAUGGUGGCGGCCUUCGAGGAGAUCGACAGGGAGGUGGCUGAGGGCGGCAGGGCGGCGUACACGGGGAGCACGGCGGUCGCGGCGCUGGUGGGCACGUGGCACAUCUGCGUGGCCGGCUGCGGUGACUCCCGUGCUGUGCUGUUUCGAGCCGGCACGGCCAUCCGCGUCACCCAUGAUCACAAACCCACCGAUGAGGACGAACUGGCUCGCAUAAAUUCGUCAGGCGGAGAAGUUUUACAGAUCAACGGCUGCCACCGUGUCCAAGGCAUCCUGGCCAUGUCUAGGGCGAUUGGUGACAAAAAUGUUUGGUGUGUGUCAGCGUCUCCAGAGGUUACUGUAAUGCAUCGAUCCAGUCAAGACGAAUUUCUUUUGAUGGGCAGCGAUGGUUUAUUUGACGCCCUUGAUGAUCAGGAAGCAUGUCAACUAGCAAAAAAAUGCCUUCUGCGGGCACAUAGUCGGGGUGCAUCACCUGGGGCAGCGGCUAAAGUUGCAGCCAGCGUUCUGGCCCGGGCCGCCAUUGACCGUGGAAGCACAGACAACAUAACUGUCUUGGUGGUCGACCUCGAGCGGCAGAGGUGA